UUGAUUAGGACUCACAUGAUCCUGCCCUGGUGGGCAGUUCCUGUAGUGCACGGCUUAAGCAGUGGUUGGCGGGAAGACGCUGACGGCAUCUAUGCGGAGAUCCAGGUUGCAGCGCUGCCAUUCGACAAGAACUUCGCCAAGGUGAAGGAUGGCAAGGUUCGACGAUUCUGGCUCGAGGUGGGCGCGCACAGAUUCCAGAAUGUGCAGGACUACCCUGAGUUCAACGAGGGGGAUUUCGUGCUCUCUUUCGAGCCGCUCUUGGACAAGUAUGCCUAUUUGCUGGACCGGCAGCCCGGGACGUGGAACGUGCGGAAAGGUCUGGGGUUUCAGCAUGAGCGGGGGCUGGUGUUUCCCUUCGCCGUGGGCUGUAAGGGCCAGGCCACGCUGGCGGUGGCGGAGCACGACAUGUGCAGCUCAGUGCUGCCCAUGGCGGCCGACAGCUUCCCCGAGGGACAGGACGAGACCUUCGGCGUCCGCGACUUCAAGGGGAGGUGCGCCACUGCGGCGGAGAAGCGUCUGGUGCCUUGCAUCUCCCUGGAGCACGUCAUUCGGUCGUGGCUCGGGGGAAGCGAGGUCUACUACCUGAAGGUGGACGCGCAGGGCUCCGACCUGGCAGUGGUGAAGAGUGCCGGCCGCAUGCUGCGGAGGAUCCAGCGGGUGCAGCUGGAGCUGGCCUGCGACUUCGCGGCCAGCGCCUAUUUGCAGGCGCCCAACUGCUCGGAGGCGGUGCGCUUUAUGCGGCGCCAGGGCUAUCGCUGCGUGUUCUGGGAUGAGGAGGGGCAGCACGACUGCGGGGAGCCGGGCGCGAGCUCCUCCAUUUGCCAAACCUGCGCCGCAGAGAUCGACCUCUUCUUCGCACGGGUGGACCCCAGAUGAGCGACGAACG